UACGAAGUUACAGCAAGACCAAUAUGAGUGAGGCGGUGACCAUUAGAACUCGCAAGUUUAUGACCAACCGCUUGCUUCAACGCAAGCAAAUGGUCGUUGACAUUUUGCACCCUGGUAAGGCCAACCUUUCCAAGAAUGAACUUCGUGAAAAGUUGGCUCAAAUGUACAAGGCCGAUGCUGACAGCAUUACUGCUUUCGGUCUUCGUACCCAAUUUGGUGGUGGCAGAUCUACCGGUUUCGCCUUGAUCUACGACUCCAAUGAAGCCAUGAAGAAGUUUGAGCCUCAUUACCGUUUGGUUCGUGUUGGCCAAGCUCAGCCUAUUGAGAAGGUUGCCCGUCAACAACGCAAGCAACGUAAGAAUAGAGGCAAGAAGGUCUUCGGUACUGGCAAGCGUCUUGCCAAGAGAAAGGCCAAGAACCAAGAUUAAUGAAAUUUUUGGUGCAUAAAAAGGAACUCAAUAGUCAUUUUAGCGUUUUUUCUCAUUGAUGAGAUUCUCUAGUGAUUGGUACAUUCAAAAUACGUUGCUGGUUAUCUACUCUUUAUUGAGGUUAAUAUUGUAUAAACAAAUGUGAAAAGUUUGAAACAGUAAGCGCCUACUUUUGUUGUUUGCAGCUUAGCUGUCUUGAAAGUACAGUAGCAGGGUUGAAAUAUUGAUCGGGUACACUAGUCCAAACAAACGAAAGUAACUAAAAUUUUUCCUUGCCUUCAUCAGUAGAAAUUCAAUAAAUACAUAUCCACUAAGUUGUGAUUUAUCAUU